AACUUUAUUAGAAGAAGCUAAGCUUAGAGUUAGAGAGAAACGGGAGGCAAUCACUCACUGGACCGAUUGGUUAAAAAGAUCAAAACAAAACUGGAAGAGUUUAUUAUCCUCAUUUAACUACUUAAAAAAGGAAAGACUUCUCCUUUUUCAAGUUAUUAAAUUUGAAGGGGAUCGAUAGAUUCUUCUUUUCUUAGUUUCUGGGUUUUGUCUGAAUCAGAUGAUGAUGGAUGUUGAUAAACCUCCCCAAGAUAUUUCUCCAGCUAUAAUGGAUGCUGAGAUCACAAGAGAGGAGAUAUCACCGAGCCAACACGAAAGAUGGAGAUGCCUUGUGUUAGAUAUAGAGUUGAGAGCACAAGAAGACUCUCAUGGCUCCAAAAGAUUCAACUUCUCUCCCAUGGCAAGUCCUAGAAUCGGUCCUUCCUCUUCUUCAAGAAGAAGAACCAAUCUCAAGAACGUCUUUACCUUCAGAAACCGAAACAACAAUGCAGCAGAUAUUGAGGAAGGUUCGGCUCUGGUGUCUAACAUCCCAAGAACAUGGUCUCUCACCAAUCUCUUAACCCUCCGAAAAUCCAACAAGACAGAGUCUUUACCUGUAACCCCUUUGGUUCACUCCAAUCCUGAGUCAAUGCACGGAAGCUACACCGUUGAUGAUGAUCAAGUCAGAGAGCAUACACUGCCUAUUCGCCGUUCACGUUCUGUCCCAACACUCAUUGAUAAAGAUGGAAAUGCAAAGCCCUUAGGGCUUCUCCGUGUGAUUCCUACUCCAUCUCGGCUAGAUACUAAGACGAGUAAUGAUCAUGAUGGGGGAGAAAAUGUUCCGGAAGAGGAAGCUGUGUGCAGGAUCUGUAUGGUUGAGCUGGGAGAAGAUUCAGAAGCUUUCAAGAUGGAAUGCAUGUGCAAAGGGGAGCUAGCUCUUUCCCACAAAGCCUGCACCAUCAAAUGGUUCACUAUCAAAGGGAACAUAACCUGUGACGUCUGCAAACAAGUUGUUAAGAAUCUCCCUGUGACGCUUCUCCGUGUGGAGGAUUCUUCUUCUCAGGACCGGUCUAGGCGUACGUUAAACCAAUGGCAAGAUGUGCCGGUUCUUGUGAUUGUAAGUAUGCUUGCUUACUUCUGUUUCCUCGAGCAGCUUUUGGUGAUGGAAAUGAAAUCUAGCGCCGUUGCAGUAGCUUUGCCAUUCUCUUGCAUUAUUGGUCUUCUUGCAUCGGUUAUAUCAACAACAAUGGUGAAAAGGAGCUAUGUGUGGAUCUUUGCAACCGUUCAGUUUGGUUUAGUUGUCCUGUUCGGACAUGUUUUCUACUCAGUUCUUAAGCAGCCGGUUGUGUGCAUUGUCUUAGCCACUAUGAUCGGAUUUGGACUCACCAUGUCCGGCACAACGGCUAUUAACGAGCUUUUUAAAUGGAGGAGAAGCCAUAGUCAUCACCAGGAACCAGUAAGCACUCAGGUGGCUCCACCACAGUCUCAGACAGCAGAGUAGCUGUUUGCUGAAAGCUAGUGAUGUCUUGUUGUUUUGGUUAGUAGAAUUAGUUUUAGUUUUAGCUGAAUCCAUUUGUCAAUGUUGUUGUGAUGUAAGAGCAGUUUGAUGCUAUUUUGUGACAUCAUUUAUAGAAUAUUUUAAAUAUAUUUAAUAUUAAUAUUUAGUAUUAGUUCCAA